AUUUUGAUAUUGGGAAAAAAAAAUCAAAAUCCUUAUCUCCUCCACAGCACAUACAAACCUCUCACAGCUUCUUCUGCAACUCUCUCCACCAAUUACUUUACUUGGCCAAGAAAUUAAUUUCAUAUCAUACAAACAAUCAUCACUCCAUUAAUUCUCGCUCUCUCUUCAUUUCGACUUGUUGAAACUUUCUUGUUAUUCCUAGACAGUCUUUCUCAUAUAUGGCCUAACUUUUGGUGAAGGGUUCUGGAGGUUUUACCACAAAUAAGCUGUUUCUGCUUUCUGGGAAAGCUUGCUGCUUGGAUGACCUCAGGCAUCUUCUGGCAGUUUUACAAGUGUUCUCGGUUGUGGGUAGUUUUUGUUUUGGUAAAGUAAAGAGUUGUGGGUUUUGUUGAAUCUUCAAGGAAAGAUCUCUCAGUGUCUCUCUGAGUGAGAAACAUAUAAGUUUGUGAGGUGGGUUUUUUUUUUCUCUGGAAGUAACAGAUCAAGCUUGAGCAGAAAGAAAGAGAUCAAGAGGAAGAUGAAAAUUCAGUGUGAUGUGUGCGAGAAGGCUCCGGCGACGGUGAUUUGUUGCGCCGACGAGGCAGCUCUGUGCGCCAAAUGUGAUGUUGAAGUGCACGCAGCAAAUAAGCUUGCAAGCAAGCACCAGAGGCUUCUUCUAAAUUGCCUCUCCAACAAGCUCCCUAGAUGUGACAUAUGCCAAGAUAAGGCAGCUUUUAUAUUCUGCGUUGAAGACAGAGCCCUCUUUUGUCAGGAUUGUGAUGAACCAAUUCAUUCAGCCAAUAGCCUCUCUGCAAACCACCAGAGGUUCCUUGCCACUGGAAUCCGAGUGGCAUUGAGCUCCAGUUGUACUAAGGAAGCUGAAACAAGUAGCUUGGAGCCACCCGAGCGUAGCACACAGCAGAUUUCAACAAAAAUUUCAGCACCACAGGCUUCCGGCAUCUCGUCACCUUGGGGCGUCGAUGACUUACUUCAAUUAUCAGAUUUUGAAUCUUCUGACAAGAAAGAGUCACUUGAGUUUGGAGAGCUUGAAUGGAUAGCAGAUAUGGGUCUUUUUGGUGAGCAGUUUCCUCAGGAGGCCGUGGCAGCAGCUGAAGUUCCUCAGCUUCCAGCAUCACAGCCAAGCAAUUUUGCCUCAUAUAGACCCCCAAAAUCGAACGGCCCAUACAAGAAGCCUAGGAUUGAAAUCUCAGAUGAUGAUGAGCAUUUUACCGUUCCUGAUCUUGGCAUAUUUUAGGCACGUAUCAACUUGAUGGUAUUAGUUGAUAGGUUGAAUUAUAUAUCUUCAUACUAAGUACAUAUCCGUAUGUAUUUACGUAGGUAUCUAAGAAUGUAUAAUGCAUUUUGGGAGAUUUGCUUUUUUCUGUUGUCUUUUUCAUUUGACCCAUAAAAUAAACAUAUGUAAUUUUGCCUCCUUGGCUACAAGACCAUAUGGCACAAAUAUAAUACCAAGUGACAGCAGUAGUUGGUGUUUAUGAGCCA